AGACCCCACAAGCAGGGCUUCAGGAGUUUGCAGCAGUAAUGAAACUACUGAGGCUGUUUUCUGUAAGUUUGUGAUUCUGCAUGCUGACGACGAUGCAGGUGAAUCCAUUCAGAUCCAGAACCCGCUGCAGAAUAAGUUUUGUGUUAAAUCUAGAAUAAGCUUUGCAGCAAUACCUUGUAGUGAAUGUAUCUUGGAAAACUUAACUGAUGCUGUGAAUGGCUCUUCCCACACUUCCCUUGUCAAUGGUCUUAACAGCAUAAAUUACAAAUCUGUGAUACCUGUGAGGCCACUGAAUAACCCAUUACCCUGGAGAAGAUUUUAUUUUGCUUUGCAGGCUGUUAAUGCACUGGAAUAGGAUAGUCCUGGUUUUGCAAAACAAGCAGAGAAAAUUUUCCAGAAGUCUACAUAG